GUUUACCAGCUGAGCAGAAAAAGAAGCAGCUGUGUAGUGAGCGCGAAAGAGAUUGCACUGAAAUACGUUUUUUCCACGUAAUCUACAUUUUCCCCUUUUCAAAAUCUCGCAGUCCUAUUUGCAAGAAGAAGAAGCGAUCCAGUAACUUUUUCCUGAUUGUAGACCAGGUUUGUUGUUUUUGCUCGUAAUUUAUGUUAAUAAUUGCAACAAAGAGAGACGUGUCGGUGGUUAUAACAUUGUUAUUACCUUGGUUGUUCUUUCCGUUACAAUCUUGGUCUAAAUGUAGCCUAUACGUUGGUUGUGAACUAAUGUUCUCCCUUGGUUGACUCUAUAGCUGAUGAUACGGAUAUAAAAUGAAAACUGAAGUAUCCACUGCAGCGAAUUUCAUCUCCAGAUUACUGAAAACAACUGGACUGCUAUCCCAGGAGCAACUUCAGCAUUUCAGCCAUUCCCUCGAAAAAUCUCUGGGAGGUAAAAUGGAUGGGGAAUAUGUCUGUUCAUGCAUAGCGUAGCCUAUAAGAUCACCAGACAAGUAUGCAUUCAAUCACAUGGUCAGUAACACUGUCUUCUUUUUUCUUAUGCAGAUCAAGUAGUAGUUUAGGGCUACAGGCUAUGUAUGAACAUUAGGCUGUCACUUAGCUAGCUACCUGUAGGACAGACAACGUAGACACCAGGAUAGGCCAGAAUAAUCAUUGUGUGGAUUGCUUUGUUUUGUCAUUUCUGGGGAUAUUCUUGCUGUUAAAAUCUUCAAUGGUGAUUGAUGUCUGAGUAGCAGACGUGUCAUUCAUUGACACACACACACACACAAUGACGAAACAUGAAGGACAGAGAACAAAAAUGUCUAUUAUUAUCAGGGUAAAGAACUGCAUUUUUGAACGGCCAAUCCUUUUCUAUACGCCAAUUCUGACAUGACUUUGUCAUUUCUCUUUGCAGAGCACUACAAGCACCACUGGUUCCCUAACGCUCCCUGCCGGGGCUCAGCUUACAGAUGCAUCAGAAUCAAUGAGAACCACAAGAUGGACCCGGUGAUCGGGGAGGCCGCCGGCACCAUUGGACUGACCAGAGAACAGCUCUUCUCCCUUCUGCCCAGCGAGCUCACCAUGUGGGUGGACCCGUACGAGGUGUCGUACAGGAUAGGCGAGGACGGCUCCAUCUGCGUCCUCUAUGAAUCUGAGCCAUCAUCAUCAUCAUCAUCAUCUACAGCCUCUAACCAGAGCCAAGGGGACAGCAACAACAGAGCAGGCAGUUGCAAAGGUGAACUGAGAGUGGGGAUGGGAAGGUCCAAAAAGCCCAAGUCCUUCACCAUGAUAAGGAUCUCCAGCAGCUAA